UAUCAGCACGGAAGAGAAGGGGAGCAUGACUCCGGGAGAGGGAGGGCGGGAGGAGGGGCCGGCCAAGAGCGCCCUGCGGAAGAUACACAGGGCCACCCUGGUGAUCAACCUGGCCCGCGGCUGGCAGCAGUGGGCGAAUGAGAACAGCACCAGGCAGGCCCAGGAGCCCGCAGGCUGGCUGCCCGGGGGGACCCAGGACCCCGCUCAAGACCCUAAACCAGUGACACACCCCACUCCCCACCAGAAAGCCCAGAGUGCCCCCACGUCUCCCUCCCCGAAGCCAGAGGGGCCCGGGGAAGGACCGAGCUCAGGGCAGGCCCCGGAGGUCUCCCCGAUCAGAAGGAAAGAGGUGACCAAAACAGUGGUCAGCAAAGCUUACGAGCGGGGCGGAGACGUGAGCCACCUCAGCCACCGGUACGAGAGGGACGGCGGCACCGCUGGCCCCGGGCAGCCCGAGGAUGACAUCGACAGGAUCCUCCGCGGCCACGGCUCCCCGACCCGGAGGAGGAGGUGCGCCAACCUGGUGUCCGAGCUGACCAAAGGCUGGACGGAGAUGGAGCAGGACGAGCCCAAGUGGAGGAGCGACAGCAUAGACACGGAGGACAGCGGCUACGGCGGGGAGACGGAGGACCGGCCCGAGCAGGACGGAGAGCAGGUGGCCCCGGCCCGAAUCAAAAGGCCCUUGCCCUCCCAGGCAAAUAGAUUUACAGAGAAACUCAACCGCAAGGCCCAACGGAAAUGCAGUCAAUUGCAGGACCUGAAAGGAAAAUGGCAGCAGUGGGCUGAUGAACACAUACAAUCCCAGAAGCUCAACCCUUUCAGUGAAGAAUUUGAUUAUCAGCUGGCCAUGUCCAACCGCCUCCACAAGGGAGACGAAGGCUACGGCCGUCCCAAGGAGGGAACCAAAACCGCCGAGAGGGCCAAGCGAGCCGAGGAACACAUCCAUCGGGAAAUUAUGGACAUGUGCUUCAUUAUCCGCACAAUGGCUCGCCACAGACGUGAUGGCAAGAUCCAGGUCACUUUCGGAGAUCUUUUUGACAGAUACGUUCGUAUUUCAGAUAAAGUGGUGGGCAUACUCAUGCGUGCCAGAAAACACGGACUGGUGGACUUUGAAGGAGAGAUGCUAUGGCAAGGCCGAGAUGACCAUGUUGUGAUUACUCUACUCGAGUGAACCUUCAACAGCAAAAGCCAAACUUGACCCACUAUUGUCUUAAUGCUAAAUGCUAAUUUAGUCAAAUUAAAAUGCAAACUGUUCUGUAAUAAGUAGGAAAUAUUAAACAAUUUUUACAUGAA